UCCGAACAUUUGUAAUACAACAAUGGAUCUUUUACCCCCAAGGGGGUAUUAAAGAGCCACGGGGGUCGGGUAGGGGUGCUUUAUAAUAGAUUCUAUACCUUUCAUACCUACCUGCGAGGUAUGGUUGAGACGUUUGCGAUUAGGCACUGAAUCUAAUAAUUUCUCGCACAUCCAAUCUUAACUUAGGUACCUAGCAGCUUAGGCACAUACAUAACAUCGUGAUAAUGAUAAAGCCUUACCAAUUACCUUAAUUUCUUUAGCUAUGAACAGCCAACUUGUUUCAAGAUCACAUUUACUUACCGUUAUAAACAUUUAUGAUUAUCUUAACUUCAACGCUUAUCUGCGGACCAUUUUCCGCUUUAUAACUCGAAUAAUAUUUUUGUCCAAGAUACUCAUGGUGUGGUGUGCCAUUUGUUGUUCUACUGUAAGCCUAGAAGCACACGACAUUUGAUCAUAGGUACAAAAUGUACAAAAUACUCACAGUUGUUUUCCAAUAUUUGAUGAUCGUGUCUUGUAAAAUGUUUGAAAGUGAAUUAAAUGUGAAUGAUAUACUUCGUUCUGAUCUGAUGCCAACGUUCUUUAUGGUGGAUGGUGAAACAGAAGAUGUUCAAACAGUUAAUAAUACGCUUAGCAAACCUGUAGAGCAGUCAGUUAAUGGAUCUAUUGAUGCGGCACUGUCGACACUCGCUUUUCACAGAAAAAUGAUGAACGAAUUUCAUUGUCGCAACUACAUAGCCGAUCAAAUUUUGGAUGAAAUGGGAAAAAGUGUUCUGCAAAAUAGGAUCGGAAGGCCAUUCACUGAAGUUAAAGAUAACGUGCUUAUGCGGAGACAAGAUUUGAGGAAUAAUGUGAUGUUUGACGUUGGCUCCGCUAACUACCAAGAGUGGCUGGCCAAGGUGGCAGCACUUAACGAUGUCCACAACGUAGCCAAUAUUGCCGCAAAUACUGGCAACGGCAACGUUUCCCUAGCAGGGGCUUCAGCAGCCCCGUCGGCGCCUCAAGUACCAACGCUUCAAACAAGAGAAGGCUAUGAAGUGUAUGAGGGAGGCAAGGAGUUCACAGGCUAUGGAGCUCCCGAUGUACCACCGCCGGAUCUUGCUAAGUAUAGUGGUGGUUACGAGUAUUCCAUGCCUCCUCCUCCACCGCCUCUAUACCAUCACCCGGCGGCAGUUCAACAAACCCACGUGGUUGAAGAAUAUGUAGAACAUGACAGUCAUAGUCUUGGUUUAGCUGAUCUGUUCGACAUAUCGCUUACGGGGAUCGCUUUCUUGUCUUUCGGCAUGUUUAUUCUGCAAGUACUCAUGUGUAUCACCAUGAAUCCACAGCAACCUCAAGUAAUGCAAAUGGUGGACAACGGCGGUGAUACGGUCAACGUGGAUGACGUAUUUCGGGUUAAGCGGGAGACACACGAGAGCACUACCAUUCCUUCAGUGAACAAGAUGGCUCGUUACGCACUGUUGGCACUGCGGCCGCGCUCCACGCCUUGUCUGUACCGAGCCUUAUGUGUGGGGAAUAAGAAAGCUCGGGAUCUACGUGAUAGCAAUUGGUACUGGUUACCAGUUUGGCAUGCGGGAGUAGCAUGGACCCGCGGUGGAGCACUAGGUGCCCUUCGAGCUGCGACCCUGGGACUUGGCGGAGCUGACUGCGAUAUCCACUAUCCGAGAGCACAUUGCACUACCAACUCCUAACAAUACCUAUGUUGUUUCUCGUUACGUGUU